CUUGGCUCAGUCUCACGCUCGCCGUCGCGGAGUGGAGACGAAACGAGUGCCCGUAGCUGCUCCUCCUGCCUAAUUACCUCAGUAAUUGUUUCUCCCGAUCCCUAGAGCAGACGACAUAACAUAAAUUCCUCUCAGUUCACCCGAAGAGUGUCGAAUCGUUCACACUCCCUGCUUAGUGUCGCCUUGCACGCACACACGUCUCUGUCCGAACGCCAGAUUGUGUCAACUUCCCACACGUGUUUUGCAAUUCUCGCCGAAGUUGACUGAGCGAAAGGAGAUUCCUAAAAUCACUGCACGAACUCGAGAAAACAGACAUCCAGGAUCUCGCACUUCCUUUCUCGGGCUGGUUCUAAGCUUCAGCACAAAGACGAAUUUGGGUUCUCGAUUAAUGGGAACGGUUUUCUGGUCGAACUCACACAGAUAUUUGCAGUCGCAUCCUCUCCCGUUAACAAUCUGCCGAAGUCCGAUGACACUCCGCUCGCGGUAGAGGAUAUCGCGAUCCCGAGGAGCUUGUGAUAACUUUAGAAACCUGAUCGUAACAUAAGUAAUUCUCUCUCAAUUGUCUUCCUCAUGAUCCAUUGCCUUUCCAGCUGACUCUGAGUACUCGAGACUUUCGAAACCUCAUUCGAUUUCCAUUCUAGUUUUGGAAAAAAAAAAAAAAAAAAAAAAAAAAAGCAUUUCCUUGGAGACCCCGAGUCGGUCUUCCAGGAAAGCCCUCAGUCUCUAAGACGUCCCUUUGGAGUAGUGACAGUGUCUGGACUGGCGUCCAAGGUGUCCUCAAGUCCCGAAAGUGUCCCUUGCUCCCCCGUCAGUGCCCCUGCGAACACCAUGGCGGCGGCACUUGUAGCCCGAGGGCCCGUUCGCUCUCGCUCCACUGAGAUCCUUUGCGUGGGUUCCUUCAGCAUCGUGGUGGACAGCGUGGACGGCGACGUGACCGGCGGUCCUGCAGACGACGAGGUGUUCGGCGAGGACGGGGCGCUACCGGGGGGAGGAGGCGGGGGCGACGGCGACGCCUCCAACGCCUCCAGCCGGGGCUCCAGGACCUCCAUCAGCAAGGAGGAGACAGACGCCAAGCUCGCGCUCUUCAGGACGGAGGCGGCGGCGCGGCUGACGGAGCUCGAGCGCCUCCUGGACGAGCACGACCAGAUCAUCCGGGAGCUCAAGCGGUCGGAGAGCGACGGCGGCGGCAUCAAUUACGCGGGCAUGGCCUCAGCGCCCACUCCUGCCACGCCUCUGGACAUCCUCCCCAUCACGGUCACGCCCCCAACCACGUCUCGCACCGCCCCUACCUCACCGGCCAGCACCGGGCCCCGGUCUGCCCAGUAGCAGCGCCUGUGAGGAGGCCCUGCCCGGAGGAGGAGGGGCAGGGGAGGGGGCGUAGGGCAGGGGGAGGGAGGGCCAUUCGCGUAGGCUGAGGGAGGAGGAGGAAGUGGCCGCACGGCCGGGAGGAGGGCUGGCGGAGGAAGCGGCCGGGCGCGGAGGUGCACAGGACUUUCCUGGAAUCUGCGGAAGCUUCGAGAAAUUUCUUCAAGGCGUUGGCAUGGCUGCUUAGGCAGACGACCCAUGCUCAACAAUAAUCAUAAUGUAUAAUCAAAAUUAUAUAUUUCUUCUUUUGCUAGGCUAAGCAUGAAUCAGCGUAUACGCCUUUAAAAGAGGCCUUAUUUACACAAAAAGAUAGCUUACCAUUAAUAAGAAUGAAUCUACAUUAGGCUCGUAUCGUGGACAAAGGAGUAUGGGAUAUAAACCCACAAAGAGCAGGAGGAAGGAUGAAACACAACAGAAAACAAUGACUGUUGCAGAGAGCGCAUUCGCAAAGGACAGCAAAACACCUCUAGCAACAGAAGUGCGAGGAGAAAAAACAUCAGCGUAAUAUCAACACGUGAAAGGAAUUAGGCAAAAGUCGUGUUUUUUUUCUCUCGCUUUUUCUCAAGUCACUUCCAUCUGUACGCUGGGCUAGCUCCGACUCCCACGUGGCACUCGCACCUAAGUGCCUCUGUCGCCAGGGCCACUAAAGCACUCGCACUUGGCACAGUUAAGGCACUCAGACGCACUCUUUAUGCACUGCAACACCAUGUAUGCACAAGCGUUUCCCUACGGCACUUAAAUGUACUUGGAACUGAGCCAUGUACGUAUUUAUAUAUAUGAUCAAGCUCGUGAGCUAAACGAACGAAUGAAGUGUAACAAAAUCUAUUAACGUGAGGGUGACAUGUUUUCACGCAAUCGUUUCACAGCCGAAACACGAUCACCACGCUGCACUGGCACGCACUCACAGCAAGGCUAUUCUACUGCACAGGUAACACACCCACUCACAUCAUCGCAUCAUCUUUCAAGUAACAAAGCACGCACCUUGUCUCACUCAGCACCUGUCGCACUGCACGAGCACUGACAUAUGGACACAGCACCGGCACAGCAAUGUGACCACAUACAAGCACUGCAUCUGCACGUGCAGAUAACAGCACUGCACACAUCACCAACAAGCACAGUACUUGUAGCACAGCACAGGUAAAUACCAGCACGUAUAGCACAGCACAUGUACAGGUGUAUUACAAAUCAUUUGUAGCACCAUCCAUGUACAUGUGUACAUAUACACUGUAUAGCAUUGCACCGAACCAAGUGGGUCAACAACACCUAAAGCACUGCACAAUCACAGGCACAUGUCCCCAGUGCAGUAAUCAAAGCACAUCGUAAUUGUCUCGCAGCACAGCACAGCCUCAGGACAUGGGCCUCACGUAGCUCAGUACAGCACCAUCACAAGCACAGCGCCACCGCCGGCUCCCUGGCGUGGCGGGACGACGUGAGCCUAAUCCAAAGUUCCUCCCGAAUGGGUUGUUGUUGCGUUAACGUGAUGAUAUCCAGAGCUCCCUCCGACAUGGCGACGCGGAGCCGGAAAGCCCUGCUGAGCCUCUGCGCCCGAGAGAGAGUUUCGAGUCGCGGAGCUCAGCAAGCCUCGAACACGCCCCUCGACACUUCUUCCCCCGAAACUCGACGCCGAUGAUGACGACCUCCUCCGUCGGUAUAAAUGGCUGGUCAAGCUUUGUUUGGAAUGGUUUUCAUAGUGAUCUGUUAAAGUUGCCAAUUUUCUUUUAUAUAUUGCUUUGAUUAAUAUAUAUAUAUAUAUAUAUAUAUAUAUAUAUAUAUAUAUAUAUAUAUACAUAUAUACACAUAUAUACAUAUAUAUUCUGAUCAUUCCGCUAUUCUUGGUUAUCAUUUGGAAUCGUUUUAUGUUAUGAUGUAAUGUCCUAUAGACGAGAUAACCAAAUGUUCGACUUGAGUGUUCUGUUGACCGUGUUUUGCUGGUCCCUGUGACACGUUCACUUCACGUCACCUAGGACAGCCUAGACUUUGGCCGUGUAGGUUCAUCGUACAUUCUAGCUCGGAGCUACAUACAAUGUUACAUAGAUAGUGCUAAUAGUAUCUAUAUUGAUGUAUGUUAAGAGGUGUGUUGGCAAGAUGGUCUCGCAGUUGAUCAGCCUCGACUAUUUAUGUAUCUGUGAUGGAGAGGAAUAUAUUUUGUCGAGAUUAAUGUCCGAACUUAGAGGAACGAGAGGUUAUUGGUCAGAAGCCCGGCCAGCAGUGGUGUCGGGCACUGUGUACCAGUUCUGCCUUCUACAAAGUGUUGCUGCUGAAGGUGACAGAGGUGAAAACACGCGUAAAUUAAGUUAGCUCUGUUUUGUACAAGAUUAAGGCAAUUACCUGAGUUUCGAAGAAUUUCUGACUUGGUUGAACUUGCUCCGUUGGGGAGAUGACGGAACUUGAAGUUAGCAUUAGUCUGCAUUAGAAUUCCUUUAUUUACACAAAGCCCGUUUCUUUCUUUUUCUAAUCUACACUUAGUGGAAUAAAAAGAUAAGAAAUAGUUCUAGACAUUAGUGCCUCUAAAGAAGCUAUUCCUUUGCGUCCGUCGUGGUAGUUCGUGGCUGACGAAGGGACGAAGGGAAGCGGGACCCGAGAACGAAAGCACGGUCCUUGUCCUUGAAGGAACUCGCCCACAACGCCCUGUCCGCCUUGUCCGGGAAACGAAGCCAGGGAACAAGGGGGCGGGAAGGAAACGCAAUCAGCUGAUGGCCGGAGCUUCUGUCUAGAGGACAAGGGGGAAUCACGAUGCCAUGGGAACCAACCAAAAGAAUGAAACAAAACAGUUACAUCCAAAUAAAAAAACUAAAAAAAAAAAAAAAGAUGAAAAAAUAUACUCUAGUUAUCAUAACAAAAGUGGUUCUGUGUUCUACUCUAUUCUGUGUCCUAGAAUAUAGAUGCGCGGCAGGCAUGAUGGCCUGUCGCUAGUCGUGGAUAUUUAGCAUUCCCGCGGAGGGCCAGGUCAGGUCAGGUCGCCAAGGAGACAGCCGCAGGUCGUCGCCAGGAUGGUCGACGACGACUCUCCUCGGCUCCGACCACCCGCUCCUGUUGGGACGACUCGGAGUCCUGAGGCAUUCGAUCUCGUGGAGGCGGUGUCCGAGGGCGUCGCGGGUCGGCCGCAGGAAAGUCGCUUGCCCCUCCGCUCGCGCACACCAACACACACACACACAGGAAUUAGCGAGAUGCACGUGCACAGAUGCCUACAUAUACACGUACACGCACGGAUGCACACACACACGCACACACACACACACACACACACACACACACACACACACACACACACACACACACACACACACACACACACACACACACACACACACACACACACACACACAUGAUUUAUGUUAUGGUAACGCAGUGGCUCUUGAAAUUUGGUUUGGGCUGAAGCUAGCCUCACUUUAAUAUUAAGUACAGCAUGUUAAUCCCGUAUGUAUUUCCUUUUAGUUUAGUCUUCCAGACGAAGGAAAUGUAUGUAUAAAAGUGUAAAUGAAUAAAUAAAAGUUGUACACAAA